UUAAACGGCCACACUGUUCGAUACAUCGAUUAUCUACGGCAACUUUCGAGCAAUCAUGUUGGUCAAGCACAUUGUCAAGCAGGGUCUCCUGGUCAAGAAUGUUGGCGCUAUGUCCCGUGCCGCUUACCACGGUGGCCACCACCAGCACUCCACCAUGAACGACCUGCCCGUCCCCGCCGGAGACUGGAAGGAGCAGCACAGCCAACAGAACAGCAAAUACAACGCUGUCCUCCUGACUGGCAUCCUUGUCCUGGCUGGCACCAUUGGAUUCGUGAAGUCUUCUGGUCUGAUCCACUUCAACUACUAUGCCCCCAAGAGCCUGGACUAAACCAGCUUAUAUUCCCUUAAUGUAUAUCCGAUAUUUGUGUUAAAUAAGCUGAAAGUGGCGACUUAGUAAAUCACAGAUCCAAAAUUA